UGUUAUUUUUUUUUCCCAGCCCGAAGGAUCCCGGAGAUGCUCCCGGCGCUGUUGAUUUUUUGGGGGGUCCUGGCCCCACCCUGCGCCCCCCAGCCUCGAUUCUCGCCCGAGGCGUGGCUGCAGCAGUACGGGUACCUCCCCCCCGGUGACCUGCGCGCGGGGGCUCGUCCGGCGCCGGCGUCGCUGGCGGCGGCGUUGGCGGCCAUGCAGCGAUUCUACGGCCUGCGCGUCACCGGCACCGCCGACCCCGACACCCUCAGGGCCAUGCAGAGGCCCAGGUGCGGGGUCCCCGAUAAGUUCGGGGCGCAGGUGAAGGCUCAGGUGCGGCGGCGCCGCUUCGCCCUGCAAGGACUGCGCUGGGAGCAGCCCGAGAUCACCUACAGCAUCCAGAACUACACCCCCAAGGUGGGCGAGGCCGCCACCUGCGCCGCCAUCCGCCGCGCCUUCCAGGUGUGGGCGUCGGCCGCCCCCGCCCUGCGCUUCCGGGAGGUUCCGUACGGGCAGAUCCGCGCCGGGGCCGCGCCGGGCGCCGACAUCAUGGUCCUGUUCGCCGAGGGUUUCCACGGCGACUCCGCGCCCUUCGACGGCCCCGGGGGCUUCCUGGCCCACGCCUUCUUCCCCGGGCCACACAUCGGGGGCGACACGCACUUCGAUGGGGCCGAGCCGUGGACGCACCGCGCGGACGACCUCAGCGGUAACGACCUGUUCCUGGUGGCCGUGCACGAGCUGGGCCACGCCCUGGGCCUGGAACAUUCCAGCGACCCCUCGGCCAUCAUGGCGCCCUUCUACCAAUGGAUGGACACCGAGGACUUCCGGCUGCCCGACGACGACCGGCGCGGCAUCCAGCAGCUCUACGGCUCCUCCUCCGGCCCCACCCGCCCCUCCCCCACCCCUCGCACCCCUCCCCUCCCCCCCCCGGGCCCCCCCUACGGCCCCCGGAUCUGCGACGGCGAAUUCGACACCGUGGCCAUGCUCCGGGGGGAGAUGUUCGUCUUCAAGGAGCGCUGGUUCUGGCGUGUCCGGGGGGGCCGGGUGAUGCCGGGGUCCCCCCUCCCCAUCGCUCACCUCUGGCCGGGGCUCCCCCCCAGCAUCGACGCCGCCUACGAGAGGAGCGACGGAAAAUUCGUCUUCUUCAAAGGCUCCCGCCACUGGCUCUUCGAGGAGGGGCUCCUGGCCCCCGGCUACCCCCGGCCCCUGGCCGAGCUCGGCCGCGGCGUCCCCGGCGACCGGCUGGACGCCGCGCUGCUCUGGCUGCCCAGCGGACACACCUACCUCUUCCGGGGGGACAAGUAUUAUCGCUUCAACGAGGCCCUGGGGGCCGUGGACCCCGAGUACCCCAAAAGCAUCGAGGUCUGGGGGGUCCCCCCCGCCCCCCGCGGAGCUUUCAUGGGCCCCGACGAAGCCUUCACCUAUUUCUACCGCUCCCACCUCUACUGGAAAUUCGACAACUCCGCCCUCCGGCCCCUCCCCGGAUACCCCAAAUCCGCGCUCCGUGAUUGGCUGGGCUGCCCCGCCCCGGCCCCGCCCACGGCCCCGCCCGCCGGCGGCGACGGCGACGUCAUCGUCAUCGCGGUGGGGGCGGGGCCGGGGGCGGUGGCGGCGCCGUUGGCGUUGCUGGGCGUGGCCGGGGCGGCGCUGGGCGUGGCUGCGGCGCUGUGCCGCAGAGGGGGCGGGGCCAACGCGCACCUGCGCAGGUGUCAGCGCUCGCUGCUGCCCAGGGUCUAGGGGAGGGGGGCUC